GUCUUCUGGGCCCAUUGUCUGAACGGCCUCUUCCACUCAGUCAUCCUCUUCUGGUUCCCCCUUAAAGCCUUCCAGCAUGAUACAGUGUUUGGCAGCGGAAAAACUCCAGACUAUCUCCUCUUGGGAAACAUGGUUUAUACAUUUGUUGUCAUCACAGUUUGUCUUAAAGCCGGUCUCGAGACCUCAUCCUGGACCACGUUCAGUCACAUCGCCAUCUGGGGAAGCAUCAUCCUGUGGGUGGUGUUUUUCCUGGUCUACUCCUCCCUUUGGCCCCUCAUAACUCUGGCACCCGACAUGUCAGGCGAGGCGAAUAUGAUGUUCAGCUCAGGGGUCUUCUGGAUGGGCCUGUUCUUCAUCCCGGUCACUUCACUGAUCUUCGACGUGGCCUACAAAGUAGUGAAGAAGGCCUGUUUUAAGACCCUGGUGGAUGAGGUGCAGGAGCUGGAGGCUUUAUCUAAAGACCCCGGAGCCGUGGUGCAUGGAAAAAGCUUGACAGAAAGAGCUCAGCUGUUGAAGAACGUCUUCAAGAAGAGCACAGUCAGUAUGUACCGGUCCGACUCCAUGCAGCAGAACCUGCUCCACGGCUACGCCUUUUCUCAAGAUGAGAARGGGGUCGUGUCCCAGUCUGAGGUCAUCAGAGCGUACGACACGACCAAACAGAGGACCAACGAGUGGUGAGCCCGCCCGGCCUUCCUGCUCCAGGCCCCUGACGCUUUGGAGCCACAGCUGCUGUUUCCACUGCUGAUCAAAGCUGCGAGUGUACACUUCCACCUCCGAGGGAAGUCAUGGACAUAAGUUUGGAUGACGUGAAAGAGACAAUGAGUCAUAUUUUUAAAAAAAAAGUGAAACGGGGUUAAAAAAAACACAAGGAACAAAACAAAACGUGUUCACUAUCAGCUGUAUUUGUUUGUCCAGCAGACGUAUUGAGCACUGUGCGUUCUUAAUAUUCUGUGGUCUGAACUUCUUCACUGUUCUCGCUCACUCCGUCGGAGCGAACCUCUCCUUAAUUAUUGAAUGACAGCUUUCAGCACUGAGCCACCGAGCCUAAAGCCCGUCGUAUGAAACCACUUUUAAGCACUGUAAAAGUUAAAAACACCAAACYAACGGCUUAAAGCAGGAUUGCCAAAGAGCAGUCGUCGCCACAAUCGUCCAAGCACCUGUGAAUUGGGAGAACCUUCAAAACGGAACCAAACGUGUUCCCACGCCCAACAGACCACUCCCCGAGCAAAUGUUUGUAAGCUUUUUCAUUUUCUUCGUGCACUUACGUGAGCGUCUCUCGUGUGAAGCCUUACAUUUGCUCACGCCUUCAUCCUUUCUUUUAAAAUGUGUUCUUUUUUAUUCAACUUUUAGACGUCGUGCCUGGUUUGCUUCUUUACUUUUAAUUAUUUUGUGUUUUUUAAAUAUUUUAGUCUUGCAACCAGUUGUAGUUUUAUAUAGAGCUGGGUGGUAUGACCAAAAUUUUCUAUCACGGUAUUUUUAACAUUUUCACCGGUUUCACGGUU